CGAGUCCGACUCGCGCUCACAACAAAAAAUCAUACGACUGGUUUAGUGUCGGGUUGCGUCCCAUCGAUGCCGCUUCGUGUAUCGCGCUUAGUCGAAUAAUAGCGCGCCUGCGCAAUAUGGACUAAAUAUCAUUCAAAACAUCGUUCCAAUCUCAUUCCAAAAUUAAUUUACACUAGUGACCUGUGAUAUUGUAUGAAAAUGAACCUGCGGACGGAAUGGAGCGCAUUUCAGUGUUGUUUAUCAGGCCAGCGUUAUUUGUGAUUAGUGAUAGUGAUCGACAAUUAAGUGAUACGCAGCUGAUAGGGACAUUUUAGAUACGUGCGGCAUGCGGCGGGUCGAUUCGGGGCGGUUAAGAAUCCGUUCGGAAUUGGAACGUUAUUUCGUAUAGACUGAAUUGAGAUGAUAGGAGUGCGGACUUAUAGUGCGUGUGUAUAAAAGCGAUGCAUGGUUUGUGAGGUCGGAUCAGCGGUCAUGGACAUGAGCGGUGAGGGUGGCGGAGCGGGGGCGGGCGCGUUGCAACAGCGGUGGUACGACAGCCGCGUCAACGGCAGCCCGGCGGCCGGCGACGUCUCCGAGACGAAUGGGGACGGCUUCUUUCAUUCGCCGCUAGAAGGCGGCCACCACAGCCGCGCCCGCUACUACCAUCAACAAAUGCAUGCCCCUUAUUCUACUGCAGUUGGAUCUCAUGGUCGAACGUUAAGUAGUGGUAGUGGUCAAGUGUGCAGGCCGCACUUCCACACACCUUUACACCCGUGGCUCGACUCCAAAGCCCUCGGCAGCGGGGCGUGGGGCAGCGGCUUCCAGCAGGAUGGCGCGCCGGCGGACAAACCCCUCUCCCCCGCACAGCACCCGCACCCCCACCCCCUGUUCUCCUUCCCCCCGACCCCUCCCAAAGACUCCACGCCCGAUUCGGUUGCAGCUGCGGCGCUGGGCCAGCAGGACUACCAGGCCGCCGUCGCGCACGCCACCGCCAUGAGCGUCGCGUUCAUGCAGCAACAGCAAGAACUCCCUCUAUGCGGCGACGUCAAACCUAUGAUGGGGGCGCCGUCGAAACAACGCGAAGGUGCGCAAUCUGACUCGUGUCCUCAAGAGAGUCAGCCCUCUGGAGAAUACAACGCGCAAUACAACGCCGCCGGCGGCGACUACUACAACUACCAGGGGAAGGGAUAUAGUGCGCAGCAGCAAAAACCGCGUCCGAACAAGACGCGAACGAGCGCUGAGGGUCGUGAGUGCGUGAACUGCGGAGCGACUAGCACCCCUCUCUGGAGACGCGACGGCACGGGGCACUACCUCUGCAACGCUUGCGGGCUAUACUAUAAGAUGAACGGACAGAACCGACCGCUCAUCAAGCCAAAACGAAGAUUGUCGCUACAAUCAGCGGCAAGGCGGGCGGGGACCUCGUGCGCCAAUUGCAAGACAACAACCACCACACUGUGGCGGCGAAACCAGAACGGAGAGCCAGUAUGCAACGCGUGUGGACUGUACUACAAACUACAUAAUGUAAACCGGCCUCUGACAAUGAAGAAAGAAGGUAUCCAGACAAGAAAUCGCAAGCUUAGUAGUAAGAGUAAAAAGAAGAAAGGCGGUAUGGGAAUGGGGGGAGGUGGGGCCUGUGCUCUCGCUUUGGGAGGAGUCAUGGGAGAUAUGAUCAAGCCUCUGGGAGAUGCUUCUAAGGGCUUCGGAGGGUCUUUCCCGUCAGCUAUGGAUUUCGGUCAGCACCAAGUGGGUCUGGUGCACCCGGCGGCGGCGCACAUGUCGCAUUGGUACGGCGCGCCGCACCAGGGCUUUGCCCCUCCACCCGCCUCGCACAACCCCUAUCACCACCAUCACCUUGCACAGCUCAACUCUAUGACUGGCUGGAGGAGCGAGUACACGUGAUAAGCCUAGCGGCAACGAGAGAAACGUUUGCAAGUCGAGCAGCCGCCGGCCGCGGCCCGCGACACUCACAAAUAGAUUCUGUGAUUUCACUCAUAGCUGAUGUACUGACAUAGUUUGAUAUCACAUUGUCACUUAAUUAAUAAGACUGUUACAGAAUUGAUGUUUGCGACACGUUUACAAACGUACACGCUGUUUUGAAUUUAACAUAUCCGAUUCAAAAUUAACCCUAUGCCCAGUUAUAUGACUCCAGUGUGAAUUUUGAUAUUCCGCGAUUUCCUACAAGUAUUAAUACUGAGUGUUUACAACAACUAGAGAAAUUGUACAGUAUUAUAAUUUAGAUAAGUUCUUAACUAUGUCCGCUUAGAUGAUUUAUAUAAUUAAGUAGGUAUCGUUAAAAUCAAUGUGUAUUUUGUAAAUAUAUUAAGUUAUAUUCCGUUCCUGUAUAGAUCGUUUUAUUUUUAUUCGUAUUUAAUUUUGAACUGUUCGGUUCGCUCUGUAGGAGUUGUGAUGUGUUCAAAGUUUUGACAAUUCGUUUUUGUAAAUUUGAUUUGAGUAGUAUAUUGAACGAAAUGCAAUAGUAAUUUAUAUGAAUAGUUAUUAAUCAUAUAAUUUGUAAAUAAAGCGGUUUUAUUAUCAGAAGUAUUGUUUACGUAAUAUAAUCAGUUGCGAGGUCACAUUAUUUGGUUAUUUAUGUUAAAUUGCCAUUUCAGUUAAUAGCGUCGUAUCGAAACAUUUGUAUUACGGAAUCAUUUAAAAAUUAAGAGAUUGUGUGGCCAUACAUAAAGGGAGGUACCAUUUGUGGGUUCAGUGUGAUUAAUUAAACAAAUUAUGUGUAAUGUACGAUUAGUUGUGAUAAGAAAUGUAAAUACUGGCCUCACAAAAGGUAUCCAAGACUCAAAAUAUAUGUACAUAAGAAAUUGUAAAUGAAAAUUUUUUAGAAGAUAAAACAAUAUAAAUUGUAAAUUAGUGAUCACUCACAGUGCAGAACGCCCAUAAUUAUAUCCCGUACCUAAAUUUUUAGUUUUUAAAACAGAACAUUGUGAAGUUGUGUAUUUUAAAUAAAA